AUGUACAGACAUGUUCACUGUCCUUGCUUUGCAUGUAAAGGAAGGGCAACUGUCAGAAAAACGGAACUUCGACAUUGGAAUGAAACUUGUCAGUUUACAGCCACCAAUUCUGCUAGUGUGGUUAGCAAUGACUUAGACAAUGAUUCACACAUUUCAGAUGAUAUAUUCUUUGAAGAUGUUGGAGAAUGUGACCAACCAGCAGAAAACACAUAUGGAACAGGUUGUAAUCCUGAACUGAGGCGUGACCUGCAACAAAGUGAUGGGAUCGAUGACGAUGAAGUAAACUCCAUCUAGAGUCCUAUGAAAAAGUUAGUUGUUAAGGUGGUUCUUGACGCACUGAGAAUAAAGCAUAAAAGUGGAGUGUCAGUAAGUAUGUUUGAAGAUGUCUUGGAGUAUGGAAAGACAUUGUUAUAUACAUCUCUAGGUGAUGAUGUAGAUGGGGAUAUUUUGACUACUUCAUUGCUGAAAAGUUGGAAUGAUGUGCAAUUGCUUUUGAAAGAAGAGGGCAAUGAAGAUGCUAAACAGUAG